AUAAGCUACCAAAGUAAAUAUAAUUGAUAAAAUAUCGAACAGUGUGACUUAUAAGGGGAUAUUGUUUAUAAAAACUCAAGAUUUUACGCAUUCUGAAAUGGAAUGUAUUGAUAGACAGCAAUUAUGAUUCACGGCACAUGCAUCGACAUGUAUCGCUUGUUAACCUGUUUUAAAGUCAAUUAUACAUGUAGUAUCUUAACGUUUAUCGUAUAUCUUUUGUGAAUAUUAACAUGGUCGUUUCUGUGUACUUUUAAUUUAAGCAUAAAGAAUAUGACUAGUUCGGUGUCGCCUGCUAUAGUACCCGAGAAUGUUGACAUUGAGACAAUAUCUAAACCUUUCACAGAAAGUGGAAAAUGUGAAGAUGAAGUCACGUUAACAUUUGACGAUGGACAAGUACUCUUUGUGUCACAAAAUUUCUUAAUUUUGGCGUCGCCGGUGUUUGAAGCGAUGUUCCGUGGAGAUUUCAAGGAAAAACAAACGAGGAAUGUUGACCUGAAAGGAAAGAAAUAUGACGGCUUUUUAGAGUUUCUAAUGUGCAUUCACCCAGGAACGACAACAAUUGUCAACAGAGACAAUGUUCUGGACAUAAUACCAAUUGCUGAAGAAUAUCAGGUCACACGUAUUAUAAACUAUGGUAAACCAAUCCUUAAAACGUGGCUCAACGAUGAACUUCAGACAGCCCGUAAGGGGAAGUCAAUUGUGGAUUAUGUGAUACCGGCUCGAAACUGCCUAUAUAUCCUAAAGACAGUUGCAAUGUUAAACGACAGUGAGUUAGUAACACUUGGCGUUGGAGUAGUAUCUCAAUUUGGGCAUCGGAUAUAUCUUGGGUCCAAUUCCCCAAAUACCAUCAACGUUAAUGAGUCAAAAUUACCAAUAAAUGACGACGGAAAACAUACAAGUACCACCGUCAGACAAAUAAUCAGUGAAUGUACAGAGGUCUUCAAAAGUUUACCAACCGAGAUCAAGUAUGACGUCCUUGCUCAGAGAUUGUUUAUCUACCCUGAUAAUGACUUCAAGGAGGUUAUUUCAUUACAAUUUAGAUCAUCCGACAACUUAUCUCGGCCUUACGGCCGUGGCUUCCGCCCUCGACAUAAAUAGUUUAGUUCAAAAAAGAGAAUACACUCUUUACACUUGACUGACAAGGGGCAAAGCUAUUUGUGUUUACUACUUUCAUGCCUCAGUCACUGGGAAGGCAGUAUAAAAGAAAAACACAAAAAAAUAAACUUAUGAUCGGUUAUGUUUUUCUUACAUUUGUAUCUUCUACAGGAAAUUUAUAAUUUUUUUGUAGUACACAGUGGGUUAUGUAUGUAAUUUAUUGCUGUACAUGAUUUCGAAAGCUAUAAAAAGAUUACCUAUAUUUUGUAAAUCCGAAAAGCUAUUUUUAAAGUAGCUUUUGUUUUGCGAGUCUGGAACGAAACGGUCAUUCGUGUUGCGCUAUGGUAAUAAAUAACGAAUUGGAGAAUUUUGCAGGAAAUAAAAUGAAAACAUAUUCAACAAUAAAUUGCACUCUUUAUAAAUUUAUCGUUAACAAAUAAGUAGGCCAUUCUUACGAAUUGUUAUAUUAUAGUAGUAUCAUUUUUUAAAUCGUCUUUUCUGUAGGUUCUUUCCAUAUUGACAUAAAGAGACGGCCCUGGUUGUACUUCUGACAUUUUUUUCACAGUUAAUAUUCAAAUCGAUCCUGAUAUCCCAAAUUUUGCUGUAAGUAGUAGUUUCUAUUUUGUUUAAAUGCGAUCGGUUUUAUGGUGGUUUGAGUGGAAUGUUGAUUUGCCGAAUACUGUAACAUUUUAAUAACAGAAACUUUCGUCUGCAGUUUUAACAUGCGGUGUUAUGGGUUCAUUGACAGGAAUGUAAACACACUGGAGGGUCAGAUGCGGAUUUUGUAGCAAUUCAACAAAAUCGUGGAUUUAUCUCCAACUAAAUCAAUUAAAAAUAACUCUUUAUUUACCAUUAAUGUCAAGUAGGUUUUAUAUCUUUGACUCAAAUAAGUGAAUUUUCUCAUACCAGUCUAAAAUUCAGGUAACAGACUUCUAUUAAAUAAAUCAAUAAUGUUUCAAAAAAAUCAGCAUGUCAUGCAAAUUAAUACAAUCAUGAUUUUUAUAUAAUAUAUAUUUAUAUAUUAUGCACCAUUAUUUUUGUUAUCGCUUAUAACAAAUAAAAUCUUGAAAUUGGUAUUUUUGAAUUUCAUCCCAAAUGUUUCAUUUCAUUGUGUGUCCUACUUUCAGUUUUUAUCUGGGACUUGAAAUAUAACUACUUUAUCUUAAGUCCCAGGUAUAAAUAUCUUUAUUUUAAUUUGGCAUAAAGUAAAGGCAUGUAUUAUUACUAUAUUAGUUUCUUUUUAACAAUUUUAUAUAUUGUUUGUAAAUUUGUUACAAUUAUGAUGAUUAAAAAACAGAUUUUAUAUUUUGUUUAUUUUGAGUUACAAAAAAAUACAUUUCUAGCUACCGCAGUUCCUGAUGAGCAAUGUCUUUUGUUCGCCCACUCAUCUAUGAUAUAUAAUUCUGGUAAAAUCAAAUGAAAUCUGGUCAUCAGAUUUAUACUCGAUCAUCGUAAAUUGCUACAUUUCUUGCUAGGACGUCCUUUUGUGCUUUGCAUCAAUGCUUUUCUUGUCAAUUCAUGAUAAACCAUUCACGCGAAACAUGUAACGGACAUUUUGAAAAAUAAAGUCGAUGAAAGUUAUUGCUUUUGCUUAUUUACAUAUGGAAUUUUAUAUUUCUUACCAUGAUUAGUUGUUGAUGAGAUACAUUAUAGAUGCACAAUGUUGCACUACUCUCAUGUCACAUUACAAGUUUUGUAAGUCAUUUUUGUAUUGGA